UAAAAAGAUUUAGCUGUCGCGUCCUCUCGCUACCCUUCAACAAAUGAGGGAAAAUCUUUCCAGGCAACUUUCUUUUCCUUUUAUAAUUUUUCUUUCUUUUUCUUUUAUUUUUUCUCCUCCUCCCACAACCUUCCUCUUCUUUAAAAAAUAAAGAGCAACAGGCUCUUCCAUCAUUGACUUCCUUUUCCUUCUUUCCUUCAUCCCAAAAGUUUAUAUUUAAGGAAAGAAAAAGAUCAUAAUAAAAAAGGAUUUGCAAAGUUGGAUGAGAAGAAGGGAGAGAUGAGAUCCAAUCAACAACCACCACCACCGGCAGGUUUCUCCUCCUCCUCAUCAGCCAAUAGGAGCCGUCCACGUAGACGAGCUGACCUAACCCUACCGCUUCCUCAACGCGACCCAUCUCUCGCCGUCCCUCUUCCACUUCCUCCUGCCCCCAACUCCGUUCCAUCAACCUCCUCCAACGCUAACGCAACGGCUCACCAAGUCAACUUCUCGGAACUCGAUCGGGUCAACCGAAUAGGAAGCGGCACGGGAGGUACCGUUUACAAAGUCGUCCACCGCCCUUCGUCUCGCGAUUAUGCCCUGAAAGUCAUCUAUGGAAACCACGAGGAGUCCGUACGCCGUCAGAUCCGUAGGGAGAUCGAGAUUCUCCGUGACGUGGACCACCCUAACGUCGUCAAGUGCCAUGAAAUGUACGAUCACAACGGCGAAAUCCAGGUCCUUUUGGAAUUCAUGGAUGGCGGAUCCUUAGAAGGGACCCACAUAUCUCACGAGUCUAUCUUAUCAGAUCUAGCCCGACAAAUCCUCAGCGGUCUAAAUUACCUUCACCGGAGACACAUCGUUCACCGCGACAUAAAACCCUCGAAUCUGUUAAUCAAUUCAAAGAAGAAGGUGAAAAUAGCUGAUUUCGGGGUGAGCCGAAUCUUGGAUCAAACCAUGGAUCCAUGUAAUUCAUCGGUAGGGACCAUAGCUUACAUGAGUCCUGAAAGGAUUAACACUGAUUUGAACCAUGGGCUCUACGAUGGUUACGCUGGGGAUAUUUGGAGUUUAGGGGUUAGCAUAUUGGAAUUUUAUUUAGGUAGGUUUCCUUUUGCUGUUGGGAGACAAGGGGAUUGGGCCAGUCUUAUGUGUGCGAUUUGUAUGUCUCAGCCACCGGCGGCGCCGCCUAGUGCUUCCUAUGAGUUCAGACAUUUUAUAUCGUGUUGUUUGCAGAGGGAACCGGCGGGGAGAUGGACGGCGGCUCAGUUGUUGCAGCAUCCUUUUAUAGUCAGAGGACAACAUCAGGUUGCUCAGAAUCUACAUCAGUUAUUGCCACCUCCACCUCCUCUGUCUUCCUAGUAGUUCUUUUUUCUUUGGAAAAAGAUUCUUCUGUAAGUUUUGAUAUAAUGAGGGUUUGGGGGGUGGGGAAUGUGGGGCAAUGCUUUUCCUUAUUUUUUAUUUCAUGUUUCAGUUAAUCAAUCUUGGUCUUUUGAUAACAGAUAAUCUUUGCAAUAUUAGAAAGAAAAAAAAAGAAAAAAAAAAAACUCUGUUAUGACUGGCCUUCCUUGAUUUUGUUUAUUGUUUACUAUGCUUUUAUUAGCUUGCUUAGAGGCUCUUUUAAUUCUAUUAUUAUUUGAAAGAGUUGCAAUGCAGUUUACCCGUCUUAGUUAAAAUUUUUGGAAAUGACUUGAUUAUGUACUAAACUGGAAAGGGAAUGGAUGCCUUAUAUUUGUCUGUCUAUUAUCUAUAUUGGUCCUGGAGACUGAAGUAGAGGGGUAAAUGUAAAAGGGGCAGUUUCAUAUCUUGGUUUGGACGCUUAUUCUUGUUUUGUUGUUUGGAUAACCUUUUCUUCUGUUGCAAAAUUUGUGCAUCAUUGGCCCCUCUUUUUUUUUUGAAGACAUGCUUAUUAUAUGUCUUAUAAUAGCUGUCUUGGCAAAUGGGAAACCAGGUUUAAUUGGGGUGGAUUAUCAGGUUUUUAUUCUUGAUGAUUUUUAAGCUUGUUCCACGUCUGGAAAGAUUUGCUGUUACUUUUUGUUCACCUUUAAAUUGUCUAAUUUCCAGUUCCUCCAUUUGCUUUGUUUAGAUUUUAUUACUGUACAUGGAAAGUAUGAUUAGUCAUUUUGUGAUGCUUUUAUAGAUUGGGAUUUUUUUACACUUGCUUAUUAUUCUCUUUUUCAAUUCAUACACAGCAAGCAUGAUGGAUCAUAGAGUUCUAAGAUGCAGUUAUGUGACUGAGUCUAAGGUAGAGCCAUGCCACAAAUAACAUUAGUCUGUGUGUUUUGAUUGAUGUUAUUAUUGUUUGCUAGGACUUUUGAGAAUGAUAAUGUUUUAUCAGUUUUGAUUUUUGCCUAGCAUGCUCUUAUUCUGGAAACUUUGUUCUGAUGUGCUGGUUUGGCUUGGUGUCUGGUUUUAUUGAGACUAUUUGCUUUUCCAAAAUUUGGACAGCCUGGCUCAACCAGUCUGUCUGUGUUCUCCAGAUCAAUGUCCGAUAAUAGUUGUAUGUGUAUGCCAUUGUCAGAGGAGAAAGCCUCUGUAAAAUGGCCUUGCCAGAGGAGUGCCUGCCUGCCUCUUGCUGCGCUACAAUGAGUUGGGAUUGCGCAUUUUUGGAGUUUGAUUGGGUAUUGAUGUUUGGUUAAAUUGUACAAAUGUUGUACUGUUUACUCUUAAUCCUGCCAUCUUAAAUUAUAAGUUAGUCGUUUCAUGCCACCAAAUUAAGAGGUGUCUUCCAACACUUUGCGAUUUCUUUUUAUAUUCUUAAACUAUGGUUUCUUUUGUGCAACAAAAAGUAUUUUUU